AGAAAGAGAGACAGAGAGAGAGAGAGAGAGAUGUCUCUGCGUCUUUGCGCUCUGAGUUAAAUCCUCGCGCAGCUUUUAUUUGAUUUAUUUGAUUUGAUUGAUUUGAUUGAUUUGAUUGAUCUGCGAUGUUAGAGUCUGUUUGUGUUGAGCGUGUCUUGGAGAUGGGUUCAUGAAGCCGAACACUCCUCGCUGAAAGCGCAUCAUUAUGACUAACUGGACGAACGCGUCCACCUGUUUGUGCGACGGAGACGCUCCAGGCAACGCGACAGCCGCAGAUCCGGAGCUGGACGAUGACUAUCCGGUCCAUCUUUAUCCUGUGCCAGUGUUAACCGGGAUAACUGUGACCUGCUCCCUCCUCUUCCUGAUUGGGAUUAGCGGGAACCUGCUGACCAUCCUGGUGGUGUUGAAGUACAAGGACAUGCGGACCACCACUAACCUGUACCUGUGCAGCAUGGCGCUGUCGGACCUGCUGAUCUUCCUGUGCAUGCCGCUGGACCUGUACCGGGUGUGGCGAUACCGGCCCUGGAACUUCGGCGAACAUCUGUGUAAGCUCUUCCAGUUCGUCAGUGAGAGCUGCACCUACUCUGCAGUGCUGAGCAUCACGGCGCUGAGCGUGGAGCGCUACGUGGCCAUCUGCUUCCCGCUCCGGGCCAAAGUGCUGGUGACCCGUGGGCGCGUGAAGGCGCUGAUCCUGCUGCUGUGGCUCGUGGCUCUGUGUAGUGCAGGACCCAUCUUUGCGCUGGUGGGUGUCGAGCACGAGAAUGGCACCGACCCGCAUGAGACCAACGAGUGCAAAGCGACCGAGUACGCAAUCCGGUCCGGGUUGCUGACCGUCAUGGUGUGGAUCUCCAGCGUGUUCUUCUUCCUGCCCGUGCUGUGCCUCACUGUGCUCUACAGCCUCAUCAGCCGCACUCUGUGGAGGAGGAAGAAGAACCCAGUGGGACCCGUGUCAAGUCGGGAAAAGAACAACACACAGACGGUAAAGAUGUUAGCGGUGGUGGUCUUUGCAUUUGUUCUCUGCUGGCUGCCGUUCCACUUGGGCCGCUAUCUGUUCUCCAAAUCAUCUGAAGCCAAUUCUCCACUAAUUACUCAAAUCAGCGAGUACUGCAACCUCGUCUCAUUCGUUCUGUUUUACUUCAGUGCCGCCAUCAACCCCAUUCUCUACAACAUCAUGUCCAAGAAGUACAGGAUCAUGGCCUGCAGGCUGUUUGGAGUGAGAUACACUCAAGAGCGCUCAAAGUCGGCCACGUUGAAUUCGGAGACCUGCCCAGUGUGGAACGAGUCCAGCGGAACCACAUGACAGAGGAGGAGUGGGUUCUGCUGUGAGGGAUGAGAGGGUCCCGUGGAGGCGAGAGGAUUUAUACACAAACCUUUCUGAGCCUUCAAGCUUUUUAAAGUGGUGUAAAAUUACUCAGAGUGGUUACGGAUGAGGCUCAGAACAUACAAUCGAUUUUAAAAACUGUAUGAUUACUCCAGUAGAGUGAAAGAUUUUAUCUGUACUUUAUCAUUAAAACCCUGACCUGCUAAUUGUUCAACUUUUCUGUGCAUUAGCAGGAGCCUCGUUGUUUCAGACACUUUUUAACGAGCAGAUCUCUGCACUGCAGGUUUAUCAGAUACCAGACAUCACUAAAGCCAUCAACUGACUGUGAUAAAGCCAGUGUAUUACAUCAGAACUUUUGUUUUUAUACGGCAAUUUUCGCUAAACUAUAGUCACCUAUGUAGAGUUCAUAUGCAUCUACACAAAAAUGCCUUAAACCUUGUGAGUUACUGGAGGACAAAGUGAGCACUGUAGAUGAAGCACUGUACAUUGUACCCUACAGCGGGGAAAUACAAUCGUGCUGCCUGAUUAAACUUCACACAUCCCGAACAAUCACACGUCUGUUCUGCUUAAAAAUAUGUGAAAUAGAAAACAUUCAGCUCAUGGUACAUCUACAGCACUGUGCAAAAGUCUUGGCACCGUAGAUUUUAUAUUUAUACUUCAUUAGAGGCUUUAAAACAUUAGAUGCUCUUCAUUUUGUACAUCUGGACAGGUUCUGCGUAGAACCCUAGAACCCUAGAGAGUUUACUUUUCUGGAAAGGUUCGAACCAUAACCUAUUUGGAAAGUAAAGAAUGCUUAAAUUAUCCGCAGAAUCCUUUUUCCUUUUUCAGACAGAGGAAAGUGAACUGUGAAGGUUCUCCAACAUGCAGGAACCUUCCAGCUGAUUCCUUAUAAAACUGCGGCACAGAAUGUGAGACAACUGGUGUAGUUUUAAAAGGAAAAAAAAAAUCACCAAAUAUUUUAGUUUCUAAUGUUUACUGCUCUUUCUAU